AUGGCGGGCUUUUGCCCCCAGAACAAGGACCCAGGCUUCGGAGAAUUUGUGGGACAGGUAGAUGCGGUUCUACCCAGCGGCUGUUGUUUUGUGAAGUGCCAGGAGGUGAAGGACCUCUAUGACGUGGAUGCCUACAUUCACAGCAGCGUCGUUCAGCAAUGCUCCCUUCAACCUGGGGAAGAGAUUUGCUUCAACGUUCAUGUGAGCAGCGCUGGCAGACCACAGGUGUCAGCCCCAUGUUGGAAGAGAAGACAGGGCUUGAAGCGGCCUCUGACAGGGCAGGCUGGUGGAUUUGGCGGUAUCCAAGGCGCCAAUGGCGGGAAAAGCGUUGCGAAGGGACAAAGCGGUGCCUGGCAACGUCCAGGUGGUGAAGUGGUGAAGAGAAUUCAGAAGCAAAUCUUGCAAGCACGCAUUACCUUUUUGCUCUCAUCCUUCAUAUCCACAGCAUUGCGUUACGACUCAACAUGCUUAUUGGUGCUCAACAUGGACAAUGAUGAGCUGGAUGAACAGCUGGAUGAACAGCUGGAUGAGUCCUCGGCUCCGACAUUUCCGGUGGAUUUCGGACCCCUUGCAGCCGCAGGUGUCACGCCUGAGGAGCUCGCAGGCUGCAUCUCCGUGCUGUCGCGUCUGCAGGAGGCAGAAGAAACGGGGACGUUGGACCGCAACGCAGCCUGUUUGAGACCGCUGCGGAAGGCUUUGUCUCUCCACCUGCGGCAGAACUUCAGCCACCUGCCACAGAAAGAUGUCAUUGAUGACAAAGAGCGGAAGAGGCUGGAGAAGGAACGAAAGAGGGAACGAAGACAACGACAACUGGAAGCGGACAAACGGUGGAAGGAGAACGCGCAGCUUCGCGCUUCGCGACUUGCAAAACUUGAAGCCUUGGAAGGCUCAGCCGCUGAUUCGAUGCUGGCAGAUGGAGCUGAAGUCAGCCAGGCUCUGCAGGGGUCUCAACAGUCUCAACGGAUCCCAGAUGGACCUGCAGAUGUAGAGUAUCCAACGGUGCCAGAACUGAAAGAAGCCGAGGAAUCUGUGGAAUACCAGCGACAGCAGGCGUGUUACAUUUGUAAAGUUCGUUUCUCUGAAAGACAUCACUUCUAUUCCCAUCUGUGCCCAGCCUGCGCGGCCUUGAAUUUUGAAAAGCGAAAUCAAACCAGAGACAUGACAGGCCGUGUUUGUUUGGUGACUGGAGCACGGGUAAAGAUUGGGUUCCAAGUUGCAUUGAAAUUCCUGCGUAUGGGUGCACGAGUUCUGGUGACGAGCCGCUUUCCACGCGAUGCCCUUGGUCGCUAUGCGACUGAGACGGAUGCCGCUGAGUGGAUGGAUCGACUUCGAAUCAUCGGUGCAGAUUUUCGUUUCCUGGGUGGUGUUGAAGCCAUGUGCCACGAAUUGUGUCAGAAAGAGCCCUAUUUGGAUGUUAUUGUGAACAACGCCUGCCAAACCAUUCGCCGGCCAGCUGCAUACUAUGCGCAUUUGUUGGAGGGUGAAGCAGGGGCAGCGACCAAAGCAGUGACGGACUCAACAGCUCAAACGGCUCGAGCGGCUCAAGCCCUAGAUUCUUCUGGUGAUUCUGGUGGCUAUGCCGUGGACCAAAGCAGCGCGGCUUUGUCACAGCUCGCCGUGUUGAGCGAGGACCGUAUGAGAGCAGAAGAAGUUGCCAUGGCCCUGCCCUCGGGGCAGCGUGAUGUGCAUGGGCAGCAGCUGGACCUUCGCAGCAGCAACAGCUGGUUGCUGAAGUUGGGAGAAAUUCAAAGCCCUGAGGCAGCAGAGGUUUUCUGCAUCAAUACCCUGGCUCCGUUCAUCAUCAACAGCACCUUGAGACCUUUGCUGGAAAGAUCCCCCAACCCAGAUAGAUACAUCGUGAAUGUCUCUGCCAUGGAGGGCAAGUUCUACCGAUACAAGCAGCCCACCCACCCACAUACGAACAUGGCCAAGGCCGCUCUCAACAUGAUGACGCGCACAUGCGCGGAGGAUCUCGCAAUGAACAGCGGAGUCUAUAUGAAUAGUGUGGACACCGGCUGGAUCAACGAUGAGAAUCCGCUGCCCACAGCCCAACGAAUUGCUGAGAGCCACAACUUCCAGACACCCAUCGAUGAAAUCGAUGCAGCUGCUCGCAUUGUGGAUCCUGUGUUGGUUGGAAUGGGAUCCACGGGGUCCACGGUGGGUCGACCCAAAAAGCGCGGAGCCAUGGCGGGUGGUUUGACGGAUGGCUCUGAGGGUCCACCUUGGGGUUGGUUCCUGAAGGAUUACAUGCAGAGUGAUCAGCUAGGCGUGUUGAAGCAAAAGAAGAGCUUGCAAACCAGCUGGCCGACAGGCCAGGGCAAGGGCAUGGGCAAUGGAAAUGCCGCCGUCCAAGCUAUGCAAAUGGCGGAGCCAGAUCAAGGCUUCCCGGUUGACGAUGCCGCCCAGUUCCUGAUCGGCACCAUAAAGAUUACCAAUUUCGAUCCCACUUCCCGCCCAGCAAAGGACUUCAGCUUGAUCGCAUGUCCAGAGACAGGGCUUCCGCAAGAUGUGUAUGUGCGUGGAGCAGUGGCAACCUCUCAGGCCUUUGCAGUUGGUGACAUGGUAGCUUUUGCCUAUCAUAUGACUGAAAAAGGCCCACAGGCGCGGACGCACCUUUGA